CUGGCAUACAUUCAUUGGUUUCAGCCGCUUCAAAGCUUUGAUCAAAAUUUGCACAACUUCCGCCUCACCAGGUCUUCACAUCUGCAUGGUCAUAACACACUGCUGGUACCGGUCCAUCAAGUUCUUCGCCUGUGCCAUCUUAUUCCUCAGGUUGGUCGAGAGUCAGACAUGCGAGAAGAAUUUUAUCUUAAUAGAUACAUCAAUUUGGAGUUGUUCGAGCGCUUAUCAAAAUCCUAG